AUGGACUCCGUCAAAGGCAAAGUGUACGCCGUAACCGGCCUGGGCGGAAUCGGACUCGCUGUCGCACGCCAACUACAUUCCCAAGGCGCCCUCCUCUCCCUGGCAGACCUAAGCGAAAAAGUCCUCUCAACAGCCCGACAGACCAUCGAAACAGAAUCCGGUGUCUCAACAACUUCAACAAUCACAACAACCGCAUUGGACAUCAGCAAUGUCACCGCCGUACAAGAUUGGAUCGCCGGCACGGUGUCGCACUUCGGGCGAUUGGACGGCGCAGCCAAUAUGGCCGGCACUAUUGGCAAGCAACACGGCACUGGUAAAUUCGUCGACCAGGAUGACGCAGAAUGGGAUAUGUUGAUGCGUGUCAAUGUCACCGGGUUGAUUAUUCAGGGGAUUAAGGGGUUUGCGUUGCAUGCUGCUUAUUCGACUACCAAGCAUGCUGUUUCUGGGUUGACGAGGUCUGUUUCGAAGGAGGUUGGGCCGGAUAUUAGGGUUAACGCUGUUGCGCCUGGUUCGAUUCAGACGCCUUUGCUGGAGAGGGCGACGGAAAUUCAGGGUGGAAUUACUAUUCCACCAGUUACUAUCCCGCGCAUCGGGACGGGCGAGGAGGUUGCUCAGACAGUUGUUUUUUUGCUCAGUGAUGCUUCGUCGUAUACCACUGGACAGAUUGUCAGUGUUGAUGGUGGGUGGGAAUAA